CCUAUAUAUCUUCGCGGUUGUGCUUGCGAUUAUAUAGUGUCGUAUAUAUCAGCGAUUUUAUACAGUAUAGUCUCGCGGCCGCCUCGCUUACACUGCUCCGCAGUCGUCGACGUGUUUGAUUCCGCGUUCGAUCUCCGUGUAAUAUAUAAACACACGCAUCGCCGCCGCCGCCGUCGCCGCCGAGCUCUUCUCUUUUUUUCUUGCGUCGUCGUCCGUCGAUCGCGGUGCGAGCGAGACUGCUGCUGCAGCCGUGACAUACGACACACGCGCCGAGCGUGAAAACAGCACCAGGGCUCACUGCACAGGCUUUUUUUCGUCAACAUGGUCGCUAUCAAGGGCCGCAAGACCUCCAGCAAGAAUCCGCCGAUACUCAGCCAUGAGUUCGUCAUUCAGAAUCACGCCGACAUCGUGUCCUGCGUCGCCAUGGUCUUCGUCGUCGGCCUCAUGGUCCAGGUGACUUCCCCAUGGGCAUACACUUUCAUCGCUCUCAAUCAUAAUGUAUCCUCCGUGAUCAACGACGAUGGCAGUCUGCCACCUCAGCCUAUCAAGUACACCACCGGCUGGAAAGAUGCCUGCGUUGUGUUUUUCUACUUCCUCAUCACUAUUGUCAUGCACGCAGUGAUUCAGGAGUACAUUUUUGAUAAAUUGUGCAAGCGCUACCGUCUGAGCAAAAGCAAAAUGUCAAAGUUCAAUGAAUCCAAUCAACUUUUAGUGUUUUACGCUAUCUCUUUCAUUUGGGGAUGCGAUAUCAUUUACAGAGAUAAUCUGUGGUCGAUCAUGGUUGAUAACGUAUACCCAAUCCCCAUGUCGUUUUCAUUGAAAUUAUAUUUCAUUGGACAAUUGGCUUAUUGGUUGCACUGCUACCCAGAACUUUACUUCCAAAGAGCCAAAAAAGAAGAGAUGCCACGAAAAAUCUAUCUUGCUACUCUUGGUCUCAUUUUUGUUCUGGCUGCUUACAUUAUGAACUUCCAACAGAUUGGAGUGAUGCUGUUGACUGCUCAUUAUGCCAGCGAAGCUUUACUUCAUUACUCUAAAUUAGUUCAUUUCUCUGAUAGAAAGGACUCAGUUGCCAAUUUAACAUACACGUGUUCCAAAUGUGUUUUCCUUGCUGCUCGCCUCAUAAUUAGCUUCCUUGCUGGAUUCUACUUCAUUGCUCACUUGGGAGGAGCUAAAGGUGAAUUCAACAUUGCCGAAGGCAACUUCAACAUUGCUCCACUCAGAAUUGCAGUCAGUUUCAUAGUUGCAUUCUUCCAAAUCUACAUGAUUUACACUUUCUAUAAAUUUGAAAAGAAGCGUUUUGGUGAAAUUGAAGUUCCAGUGACAAAACCCAAAGUUGUCAAGCAAAAACCCAAGAAGAAAGAAGUGAUCAAGAAAGCUGCCAGCUCCGAAGAUGAUGAUGCUGACUCAGAUCAAGCUAGAAGAAAAAGUCUAAGGGCUAGAGCUUCAACAGCAAAAGGAACCAAAUAACAACCUAGAAGAAGAAGAACGCUAUUUUUUAGGAAAAAGUAAGGAAGGGUUGAAUUAAAAAAAAUUCUCAUUCAACGCCUUCAGUUAACAAAUGUGCAAUGGUGUCUGUAAAUCUAUAACUUUUUCUCUGCAACUCCAAUAUUUCGUCGUAUUUUAAGGUCGUUAUUGCUAAUAUACUUCUCAAUGAUAUUUUUUGUACAAGACUUUUAAUCGAUUAUAAGUGAAUGUUAUCAUGCCAGCUCUCAUGGCUGCGAGAGUUCGCCUGAAAUUACGUUUCAUAUAUUAAAUAUAUAAAAAAAAAAGUAUAUAAAUCUAUAAACAUAUUUUGAAGUUAGAUAGACAAAAAAGAUGUAUAUGCAUAUUUUUAAAAAAUAUUUGAUGAAUGACGAAAUUGAGUUGAAAAACAAAAAAAAACAACAACAGCUGUGGUUCAGUGUAUCUGUCGUGUAAUUUACGGCGUCGAUCCGGCCCAUUAUAUAUAUAUAAAUAUGUCAUCGUUGUGUUUUAUCGAUAUUUAAUAUCGGAGCAGCUAUAUUAUAUACAUUUACGAGAAUACCUCGUUGUGUGAACAUAUCAAUUUUUUGUUGUUUUUUUUUGUCCGUGUGCAUUGUGCGAUACAUUAUUAUACGUAUACAUAUUAUUUUAGAAGUUUACGAUGUUACAUUUUAACGAAAAAAAAAAGCAACUCCAUACAUACUUAUUACUAUAUAUUGUACGAUGUACGAAUAAAUUCAAUUGGUCUAUAAUAAUUGAUUAAUUGAGGAUGAAUCAUGAGAGAGAGCUACAUAUGGAAUAAUUCAAGAAUGAAAUUGAGGCAGAAAAUGAAUUCAAUUUUUUAUACAACAAAAAAA